AUGGGACACGCUUUUCAAGCCAUUCUGCUGCUCCUCUGCUGUGCCAAUGUGGGUCUCGUCCAUGCUGAGCGGCGCUGCAUCGUCGAUGAACUCGCGAAUAAGUCUGGGCCCCUGACGACAGUGGUCGAGCUGGAGCUGCCAAAUCGGGACCGCGGUAUGGCGCAGUUCUUUACUGCCUCUGUAAAAGGAUGGGCACCUAUCCGUAUAAUGGUGUUCACGGAGGACCUAAGCAAUCCUUCGAAGUACUGCAUCGCCGCGGGAGAGUCGCGUCCGGACUUCACUGGAGGCACCCUUGUGUGUGAGAAUUAUGAUAUUUUUACACCGGAAAAAAGGUCCAUCUUGGUGAAUAAGGUUAUCCCCCAAGCGAUCAAGAUGCACAUGGAUCGACUCCUCGUUGAACCACUGGAAAACGGAAUAGUUAUUCCAAUCUACACAUUUGGUAUAUGCAGUGAGUUUACAGUGCCCAGCUCCCACCACACAACGGGUGUGUUUGGCGCGGAUAUGUAUUUGUACGCCGCCACUGGUCCAUCAGGAGGUUCGGUUCUUGCGUGGGCUCUUACAUGCUCUUUGCUCAUGAAUGGACGUCCGGUUGUUGGUGUGAUAAACUUUCCUACCAAGUCUAUAAGUGACACAGAGUAUAGUAUUCGUGUUUUCACGCAUGAGGUCGCACAUACGCUUGGAUUUUUUGCUGGCAUGAUGCGACGCCACAGUAUGGUACAUACGGCAUCUGGGGUACGUGGAAAACCAAACGCUGUGUUAUUUGUGUCCUCACCGAAUGUACUGGAAGUGACUCGUAAGCAAUACAACUGCACGACUGCCCCUGGAAUGGAGCUGGAGGACGAGGGUGGGGGUGGAACGGCAUUGUCGCACUGGAAAAGACGCAAUGCAAAGGACGAGCUGAUGGCAGGCAUCGCCGGAGUCGGCUACUACACGGCGCUGACGAUGGCUGCUUUUGUGGACAUGGGCUUUUACCGGGCGCAGUGGGAGAUGGCGGAGCCGAUGGCAUGGGGCAAAAACUCUGGAUGUGAUCUUCUGACGCAGAAGUGCCUGACCAACGGCGUCACCGAGUAUCCGGAAAUGUUUUGUACCUCGCCUGACAAUCCUUUGUUGUGCACUUCGGAUCGCCUGGCCCUGGGGUACUGUGCUAUUUACACCCACCAAAACGCUCUUCCUGCACAGUUUCGGUACUUUACGAAUCCCAAAAUUGGCGGUACUUAUUCCAACUUGAUGGACUACUGCCCUUACAUUGAAGAUUAUUUCAACACUCGGUGCCUCGAUGGUUCAGCAAGGAUUAUGCCUGGUAGCCGAGUUGGCCCAUUGGCAAGGUGUUUCAAAACGGAUGGGCUUCAUGAUUUUGUUGGUGCAAUUGGCGACGUGUGUGCUGAUGUGUUGUGCGAGAAUGAAACGUUGAAGGUGCGAUACUAUGGUGAUAGCACCUGGCAUGCAUGCCCAGAAGGCGGCAAUAUUACACCAAGAGGCUUCUUCACGGGGGGAAUAAUUCUGUGCCCAAGUUACAUUGAAGUUUGCUUUGCCUCCGAGGCACGCAGUGCCGCUGAAGAUAUGAGUAACUUGUUUUCAAUUUACUCAUCAAUUGCAGUGUUCGUACUGUUCACGCUUUUAAUAUUAAUGUAUUGGUAA